AUGAUAAGUUUUGGAUUUUUCUCUCCAAAUACUUAUAAUGACCAACAGUCAAUGUCACGUUAUCUAAGAACAUUAAGCAUAAUGGUUUCGACUCUAUUUUUUGCCAUCUUUUUAUUAGUAAAUGUCUCUUCUUGUUUGUGUUUUGUUCCUAUUAGAAAUAAUACUUCAAAAGAAAGUUUCGCGCCUGCUUUGGCAACUUGGUAUGGGGAUGAAACCGGUGCCGGAAGUGGAGGUGCAUGUGGAUGGGGAGACAAUGUGCAGGAUCCUCCAUUGUCAGCAAUGAUAUCUGCAGGAAAUGCCAACAUUUUUUUGAAUGGAAAAGGUUGCGGACAUUGCUAUCAGAUUGUAUGUAACACACCACCAUACUGCUCUGGAAAGCCAAUUACCGUGACAAUCAGUGAUGAAUGUCCGGGGGCAUGUAACGAUGUGCCAUUUCAUUUUGAUUUAAGUGGAACUGCUUUUGGUGCCAUGGCGAAUCCUGGUCAUGAUCACGAUUUAAGAAACCUUGGACAAGUUAUGGUGCAAUACAAAAGGGUGCCAUGUAACUACGGGGGCACGAAGAUCGCCUUCAACGUUGACAAAAGUUGCAACCAAUACUGGUUCGCGGUAGCGCUAGAGUAUGCAGAUGGGGAUGGUGGUUUUAGAUCUGUUGACAUAGCAGCAAAUGGUGGAACUAAAUUUGUUCCCAUGGAUAACUUAUGGGGUGCACUUUGGAAAGUUGACAUUGACCAAUCUUUUAAAGGUCCAUAUUCUUUCAGGCUCACCUCUGAGGAUGGGAAAACAAUUGUAGCCAAAAAUGUGAUUCCACAUGAUUUUACAGAUGGUCAAAAGUAUACAUCACAAGUAAAUUUUAGUUAG